UGAGAUUAUUGAUGAGCUCAUUAUUGUUUCUGUUGGAUAGGCCGCCGUUGGUUUCUCGUAGUGCUGGAAAGAAACCGACUAAAAGUUUUCGACAGAGACUUUUGAGGAGGUCGUGUAGGAAUAAAGAACGAAAGGGCUGCUCAUCUGGUGGAAUACUUUGUUUGUUUCAAUCACCCAGAAGAAGGAGUUCUGAUGCCUUUUCUUUCACUUCGGGGGACCCUGCAGUUCAAAAGGGUUGGAGCUCGGAAAUUUCCGCAUUUUAUGAUUGGCUGAAAGAGAAUGGAGUAUAUCUUUCAGAGAAAGCUUCGUGGACUCACGCUCCUCAUAGACUUGUUAUCGCUGAAGAGACUAAGGAUGAAGGGGAGUAUUCUGGGAGAGGACUGUUGUCCUCUCGAAGUGUGAAUUUAGGUGAAAAGGUAUUGGAGAUUCCCGAAAAGCUAAUGUUUACCAGGAAGUUAGCAUUGGAAACUUUUCCAACUUCUAUAAUAGCUUCAAUAGAAGACGAGUAUGUUUCUAUUGGGUUACUUUUACUUUAUGAAAAGGCCAAAGGCUUUGACUCUUUCUUUAAACCAUACUUGGAUAUAUUGCCUACCCUUGAUGAACUCAAUCCUUUGUUUUUAUGGUCGAACAAAGAUUUGGAUCUUUUACAGGGCAGUCCAACGUUAUCUGCCUGCGAGCAGUUGAGAGACAAACUUUUACGAGAAUAUACGUAUCUUGGAAAGAAUAUUAUUCCUCAGAUUCCAAACUUUGCCUCAAAGCCAAUAGAUUUUAAACAGUUUCAAUGGGCAUUUGGUAUUCUCUUCUCUAGAGCUAUUUGUUUUCCUAGUUCCAAGAGAAUUGCAUUGGUACCGUAUGCAGAUCUGUUGAAUCAUAGCCCUUUUUGCUCUGCCUUCAUUGAUGAAGAGAAAAUUCCCUUUGGCAAUGGUGUGACAGAAGCUGUAGUGUAUGUGGAUCGAUUGUAUGAACCUUAUGAGCAAGUUUAUGUGAGCUAUGGACCUAGAAGCAACCAGGAACUCUUGCUUCUGUAUGGCUUUUCAUUGGAACGAAAUCCAUUUGACUGUGUGGAAAUUACGAUCGGUUUAGACAAAACAGAUCCUCUAUACUUGGAAAAAUGUCGCAUGUUGGAAUCAUACGGAAAGUCUCCACUACAAUCGUUUCCACUCUAUAUGGAUCGAUACCCGGUUGAAAUGGCAGAGUUUUUGAGAUUCUGUUGUAUAGAUACAGAAACAGAUUUACAAGCAGAUUUUGGUACGAUUGUCUCUGCAAGCAAUGAGGAGAGCGCAUUAGACAAAUUAUUGAAUUAUAUUGUUGAUCAGCUAAGAAAGUAUCCAACAUCUCUUGAAGACGAUGAAAAGAUUAUUCGUGACAGAGCAAUGUUUCAAACGCUUGAAAAAAAUCAAAGGAUGGCUAUAAGGCAACGUCUUGGUGAAAAGCGUAUACUACAUGCCACGUGGAGAAACUUACAAAACAGCAGCCAUUUAUGAAGUAUAAAAAAUCAUAUUUGUUA